AAAAAAAGGUCUCUCACCUCCUUUCUGUUCCCUCUCUCUGUUUUCUUCUUCUUCUUUCUUUCUUCUCUGUCUGAAUCAGAAUCAGAAUCCGAAGCAGCUUCAAAUCCAUUGAAGCCUACCUGAAAUCGUCGCCGUUGAAUCUGCUGAUUGAUGAAAUAAGAGGCCCCGCUGAUUUGAGUUCAGAGGUUUAAAGGGGGGUCGGAGAAUUUGUUUCGAGAUGGCCUGCAGAGGGUGCUUGGAGUUUCUAUUGAAGCUGUUGAACUUUAUAUUGACCCUUGUUGGGUUGGCCAUUGUGGGGUAUGGGAUCUACUUGCUGGUUGAAUACUUGAAAGUAGCGGAUAGUGCUGAUGUGUAUUCGCCUGCGGGUGGAACGGAUGCUCUGAUACAGCUUGGCCGCCCUAUGAUGACAGCUGUGUCUCUUUCCGAUAGUUUUCUUGAAAAUUUGCCUAAAGCCUGGUUCAUAUACUUAUUUAUUGGGGUUGGAGUUAUUAUAUUUGUCAUCUCUUGUUUCGGUUGUAUUGGUGCUGUAACACGGAAUGGCUGCUGCUUGAGUUGUUAUUCGGUUCUGUUGAUCCUUUUGAUCUUGGUAGAGUUGGGUGCUGCAGCCUUUAUAUUCUUUGACAAAAGCUGGCAAACAGUCAUCCCGACGGAUACGACUGGAGAUUUUGAGAUGAUGUAUGAGUUUCUGGAAGCACACUGGACUAUUGUCAAAUGGGUUGUUCUUGGAGCUGUUAUCUUUGAGGCUCUAGUUUUCUUGCUAGCUCUCGGCGUUAGAGCAGUAAAUAGACCAGUGGAGUAUGAUAGUGAUGAAGAGCCACUGAUCAACAGGCCGCCGUCAGUUCCAGCCACCGGGGUACCUGUUGCUGGGGCCGCUAAUCAGCGUCCAACAAGAAAUGAUGCUUGGAGUACACGCAUGAGGGAAAAGUACGGGCUUGACACAUCUUUGUAUCCAUACGACCCAUCCGAUUCAAGCAGGUUCCAGCAACCUCCAGCUCAGCCACAAGAAGAAAGGAACCGCUGCAGCAUCAUGUGAAAAUUGAUGUGGAUUUAACGAAAAUUUAAACUUCAGCCGGUUUAUGGAAGACCGCAUCUCGGACCAUUUUGUUCGAACUUUUUGAAGCUUUUCCAUAGGAUAUGGUCGUUUCACUGUUGAGUUUGUGUACAACAUUUCUUUUUCAAUUCCAGGCUCGUCUCCUUAAAAUGUACUACUAGUUGGUGUGUAAAUUGUACUCCUAGUUAGGAUCCCUUCUGGAUUGACACUAGUUUUAUGAACAGAAUAUUUCAUGACAUUCUGGCA